GAACAUGAAUAAAAUCGCUGUCAAUUUUGACCAACGGAGUGGAUUGCGACACCAGCCUCUUUUUAUUCAAAAGUCAUUUCGCGCGGCACGACAAGACGAAGGCAAGCGUUUGUGAAUGGUUUGUGAACUUUUGCCGAAUAAAUUUAACACUUUCUCUGGAUAUUUCUGGACAAAAACCAAGACAGUUUAUGUUUAAGUUUCUGUAAUAUUUUGGUGAAUAGCUAGCUAGCGAAUGUGACAGGCUAGCCGCGAUUUUUGCCGGGAGUUUUUAAAACUUUUUGAAAGCUGUGGUCAGCGACUAUCGAUGCCACUUCUCAAUAGAAAAGCUUUUUCUACGGACCCACCUCCCUCAGACUUGAAAGAAAAUGAGGAAAUAUUCGUUUGCAGACAGACUAAUGAAGCCUAUCGCGACUACGAGACCUUCUUUAAGCGGACAAUACUUUGCAAUAGCUUGGUUUGGAGUUGUGAAGUUUCAUUAAAACACGGCCUGACGUACGAAGAGGCAGCCGAAUCUGAACAAGAAGCUAGGAAGACGAUAGAAGAAGUCCCACAACCCAUCAAAAGAGGUGUCCUUACCUUAGUUCAUUAUACUCGACACAGCCGGUUGGAUAAUUUGUGUGAUGAAGUUUUCAACUACAUACGAGAUCGUUACCAAGAAGGGGAAGAAAUUGAUGUAAAAUACAAAGGAGAGAAAUUGACUGGUUUUAUUCACAAUGUCAUUGAACCUGAGACCCUUACAAAUGGAUUUGACUCCCCGAAAUCAAAGAGUAAACAGGAUUUGCCAUCUGGAAAAUUUGAUGAAGUUGUUGUUUUGGGUAAAACAGAAGAACGUCGCACUCCAACGAAGAAGAAAAAGAAUUCCCCAUGGCCUGAUGCAAAGAGUUAUCAAUAUAUGGUUAAUUUGAAACGCACCAAAAAUACUCCUUCAAAAAUACCAGAGUUUAUUACUGUGAAGCAGCCUUCUAUAAGUCGUAAGAAAGGAUCAUUUAAUCGUGAUAAACUGAAGUUGUUGUUACGACUAACAUGCUUUCGCACUGGAAAAGGAACUGAGCCGGGUUACUGGAAAGUCAAAGAUGAGUAUAGGCAGAAGUUUGAUCUUUCUCCAGAUGUAGAUGACGAUGAAGUCAUUGUUGUUGAGAAAGCGUCAAAGAAACGAAAAAGAGGAAGUGAAAAAGUUGAGAAAAACAAGAAAGUAAAAAAGAGUAACGAAAAAGAGAAGGCUGCUGGUUCAGCCAAAACAAAAAAAGAUAAAAUGGAUGAAAAAUCAAAGGUUGAUAAACCCAAGUUGACUUUAGAAGAGAUUGAAAAGUUGAAGCAAGAUUUGAAGUUGAAACGUGAAAAAGAGAAAGAAUUAAGAAAACAACAAAGAGACAAGGCACGACAAGAAAGAUCUGAACUGUUAAAAGAACAGAAAAUGUUUUUGCUACACUGGUGUGUUCCACAAGACGACUUGGAUCUUGAUGAUAAUAAGGAGCUGCCAAACUCAGUUCCAUUGGAGAGCAAGUUCUCUCCAGACAUGAUUGGUGACCUGCUCAUGGUGUUGGAAUUUCUGUUUAUAUUUGGAGAGUUUUUUGGCAUAAGACAAGACUUUCCCGAUGGCAUAACGUUUGAUGCACUCGAAGAUGCUCUCACUGAGCACGAUGCUGAAGGAUCAUUUUACGACAUCAUACGGUUCCUCCUUUCUUCUAUUUUAAAAACACACGCCGAGGAAGAGGAAGACGAGGGCUUGGAUGAUAUUGAUCACGCGGAUAGUCACGUGAAGGACACGGGGAUGGAGGAUGACGAAGACAACGAUAUAUCACGUGUUAAGAAAGCGGUGUCCGCGUCAGCAGCAAUGGCAGCAGCCUGGGCACAGGUUCACCAAGGACAGGAUCUUCAUGAGUUGACUUUGGAUCCGUUUACGUGUUCCGAGAUUCUACGGCUGCAUUUUUUAUCCUCCGGCGCCAGUCUGGUUGCAGGUUCAGAUGGCGAUCUCUAUCGCUGGCAACGAAGGGGAGGUUUCACUUUCUCAGACGACGCUGGCGUAGCAUUCCGUCAUCACGAACACGCGAUCAUGAGAGCCCUGGUGACUAGUAAUAUUUAUGACUUGAAUACGAUUGAGAAAAUGAAGAUUCUUAAGACACUUUGCGCGCAGUUGUUGACAUACGCUGCCACAAGAGAUAUCAUUGAUGAUGGCUUUGACAGGUUUCGUAAAGCUAAACGUGAACUACAAGAAGAACAGUGGGCUGACCAGAGAAAAGACAAGGAAGAAGCCGCAGCGAAGUACAGAAAACGACUGGAGGAAAAAGCCAAAGAACGAGAAGAGAAAUCUAAACAGAAUGAAGAACGAAAGUCUGAGAAACCUAAAAGUCAAGAAAGCACAAAACAAGGCGUCCCAAUAACUUCAAAUGAAGCUAGGGAGGAUGACAAGGCAUACACGAGAUCUCAAGGACCUGUGCUGGUCGAACACUCUGCUGAAAUGGAAAAUACUGAAGACGCUGAACGGAUAGAGAGAAAAGACAAUUUAAAAAAGAAAGAAAAGGCAUUUUUGAAAGAGAUCAGGAAGGCUCAAUCAAUGUCGAGCGUUCAACCUAUAGGAACAGACAGAUUAUUUCGUCGAUACUGGAUAUUCCACUCACUAAAUGGUCUCUUCAUCGAGGACAAUGAUCCGAAUUUAAUGAAAUUUUUGCGGCCGGAAGAGAAUGUUGUUGAUAUGAGCGAUGAUGAUGCAAACAGUGAUACAACGUCAGUGAGUACCGAGGAUGACCAGCUAGGACCAUCAACAUCCUCCGCAAUCCCUCAUCAUACAUCAAAUAUCACGUCAUUAUCCAAGGAAAACAUUGAACGCGAGAGGGAACUGUGUCGAAUACUGAAACUCUACAACAUACCACAGGAAAGUUUACCUGCGAAGUGUGUUUUAAAUACUGGAGGCUCGAAUUUGAAUCGCGAGCAAAUUUGUGCUCAGUUGAACGAAAGAAACGUUGUACAGUGGUCUUACCUUGAUACAAAAGAUGAUUUAGAUCUGCUGUUGAAAUCAUUAAACCCCAGAGGUUUUCGUGAAAAAAACCUGCGGGAAUCGUUGCUAGAAUCUUAUGAUAUCAUCGUGAAAGGUCUUGAAGAUAAUCCAUUCAAGGAGGAGAAUAGACGGAGGAAGGCAGAACUGAAGCAGCAGCCUAAAGUAACGCGGAAUCAAACUGUGGAUAAAACCUUGUACAAGACCAUGGAGGAGUUUAUUGAAGCGAGUUUAAGAGACUCCAUACUUGAUUUGGAAGAUCGCUUGUGGCAGGCUGGAUUGGGGGUGGUUAAGGUCGCUGAUAUUACAUCGUGGAGGAAACAAGUUGAAAACGGAAUCUAUGAUUUCUUACCUGAUCAUAAGAAUCUCGCUGUAACAGAAAACUCUGAAAAUGUUAAACAAAGCAAUGGCUGUAUGGAUAUCGAUGAACAACCGGUGGUAAACGUGGAUAAGACUACGGAGAAUAUGGAUAUCGAUUCACCGCCGUUAAGCGACAAUUUGACUGAUCUUAAACUCAAACUGUUAUCCCACGACAGUCGUCCUGGUACACCUGUGGAUAGUUCCUUCGCUUCAACGCCAACAUCAUCACAAACACCUCAAGCAAUCAACCCGUGCGUACGCAUCUUGGCCAAAGCCGUUCUCGAGGUAGAGCAGGGCAUUGAAAGGAAGUAUUUGAUACCGCCAUUGGGAGAUGAUGAGAACACGAGGAAACGACGACAGCAAGAAGCGGUUGAGGCAGCCAAACGUGAACUCAACGAUAUCAUGAGCAAGAAAAAAAAAGAGAAAACUGCUGAAGAUGACACGAACGAAAAUGAUAAACCACAAAAUGGCAAGGCCGAGGAGAAAGUGAAGACGAAGCAAGAGAAAACUCUGCUGGAGCGUUGGGAGGAAUCAUUGAUGGCGUGCACGAACCUUGCACAGGUGUUUAUCCAUUUGACGAAUCUUGAUAACUGUAUCUCCUGGGAUAAAUCAGUCUUGAACGCACGAUGCAGGAUAUGUCGACGUAAAGGAGACGCUGAACACAUGCUUCUCUGUGAUGGCUGCGAUAAAGGACAUCAUAUGUACUGCCUUAAACCUCCUAUAAAACAGGUUCCCGAUGGAGACUGGUUCUGCAGUCAGUGUCGGCCAGCGGAGCCACGUCGUAGCAUACGUCGUGCACGUAAGGUUGAAGUAGAUGAUGACGAUGAUGAACGACAAGAUAUGAAACUUCUUGAGAUGGAGAAUGAGGAGGAGAGCGAGGAUAGUCAGGAUGAGAACAGCGAGGAAGAGAGUGAUGAUGAAGAUGAAGAUGAUGAAGAGGAUGAUGACGAGGAUGAUGAAGAAACUGAUGUCGACAGCGGUGACGAGGGCUCAGAGGAAGACAAUGACGCGCAAUCCAGUGAUGAUGAUGGUUCAGUUCAUAUGGAGACCUGUGCAUGUUGUGAUGGUGAGGGUGAACUGUUGUGUUGUGAGACAUGUCCCUUGGUGUACCACCUGGAGUGUGCAUACCCACCAUUAAGGCGUAUUCCUCGUGGUAGCUGGGCGUGUCAAGUGUGUAACGGAGCUGAUCAGGACUUACCCAGUGGCAGGCGGGUAAAGAAAGCUGUCAUUAAAGCUGCUCAAAAGCAAGUGAAGGUCAAAGACGUGUCGACGAAGAAAACGAAAGUUGCGACGAAAUCUCUGGCAACAAAACAACUGAGAGGAGUAAAGAACUUAGCUGGAACGAAAAGUCAAAAAACUCGUUCAAAUUCUCCAUCAACUGGCAGGGAUCAAAACUCCGUUCAGGUCAGAACGCCUAAAUUGAGAACCCCUAAAACAUCCCUACCCUCUCGUAGUGGUCUGUCAAACUCCGCACCUACGAAACCCGCAGCGUGGCCAGCGGCACUCACCAGGAAAUGUGAGAGACUUUUAAAGGAGUUAAUGGAACAUGAAGACUGCUGGCCUUUUCUAUCACCUGUUGAUCACACUGAGGUCCCCGACUACAGCGUCAUAAUCAAAACCCCGAUGGACUUACAGACGGUAAAAACAAAACUAUCAAAUAAUCAGUACAAUAUUUUGGAUGAAUUCACAGCGGAUAUCCGACAGAUCUUCUUUAACUGUAGUGAGUAUAAUAGACCGCGGACCAAAGAAGCGCGGGCCGGUGUCCGGCUCUCCGCGUACUUUGAGACCCGCCAUGGAGAACUAGGUCUAGACUGUGGCGAGCAGCGUGGGCCUAGAACUAGACGCUCCCGAUAAUGACGUAAUUGUAAACACUGAUCUAUCAAUGUAACUGGAAACAUAGUAGAAAUGCGAUCUUCAGCUAAUGGUUGGCUCCUUUAGCCUCCGGAUUGGCACAGUCCAGUCGUAAUAUGAAGAUCAACGACUUUGUAACAUAACAGUUUUAUCCACUAAGUUCUUUCACACGCAUAUUUUUUUCAUAAUCAAAGAGGUGUAGAAAUGUUCUUCCCACCCAAGCAUCUUCCUCUCAUCUCAUGCAACAAUUAUUAAAUGUUUAAAUUGGAUACAAUGUUGGCAUAUUUAUAUAAUUAAAAACUUAGGUACAGUACAUUUCGCAUAUGUUUAUAGAAGGUAUUUCCCCGUUCGUACACAAACUUUACCGCCUUUCCACAAAAAGGUAUAAUAAAUAUGUAUUUCUUCACUAAAGCAUAUCCCUUUAGCGUUAGCUUGCCUCAGCCUCAGGCAUCGUGUUUUAACAUAUAUUGCCUUGACAUUAAUUUUUUAAAACCUUGAACUUGAGUUAAUAUCUUAGUUAAUAC